AACAUCCAGAAGCCCACAAAGACCAAGUGGUAACCCGUCACACUCCUAAUGCAGCUUCUUCCGCGCCUCUGCAUGGCCAACGGCACCGGCGACGGAGACGGGAAGGGGAACGCCAACAGCAGCAAGCUGGCCACCGCGGUGUCGUCGUCCUCCUCGACCGUCUCCACCACGUCGUCCGCCGCGACGGCGGCCGCCGUGUCGGAGGCGUCGUCCUCGACGACGUCGCUCCCUUCGCUCUCCUCAGCGACGGGCGGCAGCGUCACCGCGUCCUUGGUCCACGUCACCACGCUCCUCCCUCCGUCCGCGCCGUCCGCUGCCGCCGCCGUCGCGGCGGCGGGGGACUCCCCCCACGGCCUCGUCGUGGCCCGGCCGGCGUGCGUGGCGUUCCACGACCUGUCGACGCUGGAGGCGACGUCCACCUCCGACGCCGCGGACGGCGCCGCGGCCGCGGGCUCGGUCAAGUGCGUGACGCACCUCCCGGGCGGCGGCGGCACGGCCGCCGUGACAGGCCACCAGGACGGGCGCCUGCGCCUGUGGCGGGCGUCCUCGCGCUCGCGCGCCAGGCUGCGCCUCGCCGCGGCGCUCCCCACGGUCUCCGACCGCCUCCGCAGGUUCCCCGUGCCGUCCAACCACGUGGCCGUCCGCCGCCACCACCGCCGGCUCUGGAUCGAGCACGCCGACGCCGUGGCGGGCGUGGCGGCGUCCGCCGACGGGCGCCUCCUCUUCUCCGUCUCCUGGGACCGGACGCUCAAGGUGUGGGCGGUCCCGUCGCUGCGGUGCCUGCAGUCGCUGGCGGCGCACGACGACGCCGUGAACGCCGUCGCCGUGGCGCCCGACGGCACCGUGUACACGGCCUCCGCCGACAAGCGCGUCCGCGUGUGGGCGCCCGACAACAAGCCGCCGUCCCGGCGCGCCGCGCGCGGCAAGAGGCACCAGCAGCAGCCUGUCUACCACCUGGUCGCCACGCUGUCCCGCCACACGGCGGCGGUGAACGCCCUGGCUGUCGGGUGCGGGGGCCAGGCGCUGUACUCGGGGGGCAACGACCGCUCCGUCCUGGUGUGGGAGCGGGAGGACAGCGCCAGCCACAUGGUCGCGAUCGGGGCCCUGAGGGGCCACCGCAAGGCCGUGCUCUCCGUCGCGUGCGCGCCGGGCGGGCUGGUCGUCAGCGGGUCAGCGGACCAGACGGUGCGCGCCUGGCGCCGCGCCGCGGACGGUAGGGGCUACGCCUGCGUUGCCGUCAUCGACGGCCACCACACCGCCGUCAGGUCCGUCGCGGCGGCGCCUGUGCCGAUCCAGCUGAAGCGGUCUCGGGCAGCUGGUGGUGUAGACGGCGGUGACGAGGAGUGGAGGGUGUGCAGCGCGAGCUUCGACGGCGAGGUGCGGGUCUGGUCGCUGCGUGUGUCGGGUUUGUUUGGCGCCAUCUUUUGACGUAGGGCAGUGUAUUCUUUUUUUUUCUUACUACUACACGACUAUUAUUAUA